UGUACCAAAUGAACGAGUUAUGUUGGGCACUCAGGUUGAGGACCGUUUUGCCAUCGGAUGGUGAACUGUCCAAACUGACUGUAAGUCACUCACUCUCUCUCUCAUGUUGAGAAGGAUAGUAUGAGAGGAAUGUUUGGCGCGAGAUGGUUUUCAAGGCGAUUCAUAUAUGUUCAGAACAGACCCUUUUGCACCACCAACAAACCCACCAUAAACAACAAUGGCAGUGCCAACGGUUCUUUGAGUAAAUACGACGACGCGCACCGUCAGCUAGACAAUCUCGAUUUCAUGACCGCCGCUAAAAUUCUCUUCACCACUCCCCCCAACAAGAAGAAAUUUGGGAUUGAUUUCCAUCUGGUACAACUCUUCUUUGCCUGCAUGCCUUCAUUGGCUGUAUAUUUGGUGGCUCAAUAUGCUCGCUACGAAAUGAGAAGAAUGGAGGCGGAACUGGAGCAGAAAAAGCGGGCUGAAGAAGAAGCAAAAGCAAAAGAGGAGGAGUUAAAUGUUACUGAAGAAAAAGAAGCAGGAUCAGAUCCGGAGAUUUUGGAGGUAAAAGUGAGGCUUGAUAAACUGGAGGAGGCUAUAAAGGAAAUAGUUGUUGAAUCAAAGAAACCAUCAGGCAGCACCGUAACCAAAAACCAGGAAGUUUCUAACAAGAAACAUUCUACAACACCUGAACCAAGUGACACCCAAAGUAGAUUGGAAGCAAGCUCUGCAGUCAAGGACCAUGACAGUAAACAGUCAUCUGAGAAUGUAAUGCCAGGCUCAGGCCAUGGGAAGGCAAGUGGAUUAGCACCAGUUACAGAUGCUUCCCAGCAAAAUCAAAAGGGGACACAAGAUGGAGGUCUUUCUCCAGAGUCAAAGAAAUGAAGAGAAGCCACUUUGUAGUGCAUGAACACUUUUUUAGUGGGAGCCUGAGAGGAUCUAUUAUUAGCGGAGCCAUGCACUGGAUGCAAUGUGUCCAAGCUAGAAUCCAACAGGUAACCCAUCAUAUUUGUGCAAAGAAAGGUGUCACACAUCAGCAUGAUGAUGCAAUGGUUUGUAGUUGCUGAUGCACAGAAUUUUGCAUGCUUUGUUGAAUGUUUACAUUUUGGGGCUUCUCUUCAUGAAUCACAUUUGAGUGAUAGAUAUUAUCUUUUCUUUUCUUUGCAUUCACAGCCAAUAAAUAGAUGGCUAUGGGUGCUUUGGUAAGAUGUUGUGGGCUUGGCAAUAAUUCUGUUUAAUAUGUGUCACCAGUCAUUUCAAGGAAUGGGAUGAUGAACUAGAGGAUUGGCUUUUAUGACUUUUUGGAAACAAGGGGUAUAAAUGAUGAACUUGCUGUUUUCUUUAAUGAAUAUAUGAAGAACUAAGAUUUACUGAGUU